GCUCUUCUGCAGCCAUGUUCUUCUCUUGGUCUCUUGUGGUCCUGCUUCUGGUGUCCUCUACCUGGGCUGAGGUAGUUAAUGUUGAAGAGGAAACAUCCCGGGAGCUCUCUGUCGGUGAACUGCUGGAGAGAGCCAACAGAGAACGCACCCCUGACUUUGAUGAGCCGAUGGUGAUUGGCGGAGACAUCGCUGUCAAUUCUGAGGCUGAGAGAAAUGCUGACCCCUGCACCGCCAACAGCUGCCUUUGGAGAAAGUGGACUGAUGGGAAAGUCUACAUUCCUUACUACAUUGCCAACCACUACUCCUCCCGAGAGAGAGACAUCAUCAUCCGUGGACUGGAUUCCUUUUCUGCAGUUUCCUGCAUCCGCUUCAGACCUUACCAGAGCGGUGACAAUGAGUGGCUGAGCAUUGAGUCCAAGAGCGGCUGCUACUCAUAUGUGGGUCGUACGGGCGGCGCUCAGGUUGUGUCUCUGAGUCGUCAGGGCUGCCUGUACCACAGCACUGUCCAGCAUGAGCUGCUCCACGCCCUUGGGUUCAACCAUGAGCAGACUCGCUCCGACAGGGACAACCACAUCCUGGUGUACUGGGAGAACAUCAUUGAUGACAUGGAAUACAACUUUUACAAGAUUGACACUCUUAACCAGGGAACUCCUUAUGACUACAACUCUGUCAUGCAAUACGAGAGGAAUGCCUUCUCCAAGAACGGCCGCCCGACUAUGGUGCCCACUCCCAACAACAACGUAGCCUUUGGUCAGGCCACCCAGAUGAGCCGAAAUGACAUCGACAGGCUGAACAGACUGUACAAGUGCUGAAACAUGAGUGACCUAUGACCUGCUACCAGGGUGACAUCAGAGCAGACAUGCAGAUGAGGAUUUGCAGCUGUUCUCUAACAAUAAACUUGAAAACUUCA